AUGUACAAGUCUUACAUGAAGUUGCUCAGUAUUACCCUACUUUAUCAAGCUUUGCUCAUAGUUCAACUAUUCUCCCAAUCCCUUGCCAAAGGAGUUUCAAGAGCCACUGCUCCUAUCAAGCGGGCGUUGCCGAAUGCACCCAAUGGAUACACCCCUGAAGGCGAGGUCUGCCCUUCGAAUCGGCCAUCAGUCCGCAAUGCCACCUCCUUAUCGAGCGCCGAGGCGUCAUGGCUGAAAGUACGAAGAAAUAACACUAGAGACGCCCUGAAAGAGUUUCUGAGCAGAGUUGAUCUCGGUUCUUUCAAUGGAUCUGUCUAUGUUGAUAAUCAUUCGGCUAAUGCGUCUGCCCUACCCAAUAUUGGCAUUGCAGCAUCUGGCGGUGGAUAUCGAGCCUUGAUGAAUGGCGGAGGUGCACUGCAAGCUUUUGAUAACCGUACCAUUAACUCAACCCUCAAUGGCCAACUGGGAGGCAUUCUACAGUCGGCUACUUAUCUCUCAGGACUUAGUGGUGGAAGUUGGCUGGUUGGCUCGAUCUAUAUGAAUAAUUUCUCCGACGUAUCAUCGCUACGAGACAACGGUUCUGUGUGGCAGUUUCAGGAUUCUAUCUUUACUGGUCCAUCUCAGAGCACUGAAUGGAGCAUCAGCACGGCUCAGUAUUAUUCACAGUUGGUGAGUGCAGUGAGCGGGAAAUCGGACGCCGGGUAUGAGGUCUCCAUCACAGAUUACUGGGGUCGUUCUCUCUCUUAUCAACUCAUCAAUGCGACUGAAGGUGGCGUUAGCUAUACCUGGUCGUCGAUUGCUCUGAGCCAGGAUUUCCAGGCCGGAACAAUGCCUAUGCCUUUGGUCAUCGCGGAUGGUCGAGCUCCGGGACAGAUACUAAUCCCCGCGAACACUACUGUGUUUGAGUUUAACCCUUGGGAGUUUGGGAGCUGGGACGAAUCUCUGUCCGCCUUCGUUUCCCUAGAAUUUCUGGGGUCGAAUUUCUCGGGAGGGACACUGAUGACAGGGGAAAAGUGUGUUCGAGGAUUCGAUAACGCUGGGUUCAUCAUGGGCACGUCAUCAUCUCUGUUCAAUCAAGCAUUCCUGCUCAUAAACGAUACCAAAGCGCCUUCAGCCCUGACGAACUCCAUAAGUAAGAUUCUGGGAAGAAUCGGGUCCGAAAACAAUGAUAUUGCCGUCUAUGAACCUAACCCUUUCUAUCGCUAUGCAAGCCCAUCCCAAUAUACAAACUCUACCUCAUUGACCUUGGUUGAUGGAGGAGAAGACCUACAGAACAUCCCGCUAGAUCCCCUUCUGCAGCCCCAACGCCAAGUGGAUGUGAUUUUGGCUCUCGACUCGUCAGCCGACACCGUCUCGAGGUGGCCCAAUGGAACAUCCAUGGUAGCCACUUAUGAGCGAAACGUACGCUCUUCAGGAAUGAAUGGUGGCCCAGCUUUCCCCUACGUGCCUGAUCAGAACACCUUUGUCAACCUUGGGUUGAACAAUCGCCCAACAUUUUUUGGCUGCAACAGUUCUAACGUCACUGGCUCAGCCCCUGUUGUUGUCUAUAUUCCUAAUGCGCCUUAUAUAUACCCGUCGAAUGUGCCUACUUUCGACCUUCAAUACAAUAUCAGUGAACGGAACGCCAUCAUUGAGAAUGGCUACGAUGUGGCAACACUGGGGAAUGCAACACUGGACUCCAACUGGCCAUCUUGUCUUGCUUGCGCCAUAUUAAGUCGAAGCUUUGAAAGGACAAAUACAACCGUCCCAGAGAUAUGCUCAACCUGUUUCCAGAACUACUGUUGGAAUGGUACCGUAAAUGCAACUACUCCUCAAGAUUAUUAUCCGACAUUCAAACUUGUGUGCUUUUUCUCCUACGAGCCGGAAGCGAAGCGCCAAAACACCAUCAAGUUCGCAGCAGUAAGAGCCAACAUCCCUCUUUGGCUUGCUUAUCAACACACUGACGUCGAGAUAAACAUUCGCAGGGAUGCACUCACUGAGAUGAAAAACCGGCUCGAGCUGGUAGAGUCCCUUUUGUCUGCAUCGAGGCAUAAAUCAGCGGAUCAAACCCAUGUCCAUCCAUUGUCGCCCAUAGCCGAUGAUGACGAAUUAUCCUUUUGUUUGAUCGAUAGAGUGGGAUUCUCGAGUUUUAUCGGUAACUCUCCGGAUCCGCGUCUGGUUUCUCACUUCUAUCACCGCGCGGUUUACGGUCGAUUUUCAGAUCUCACUGGCUCGACCGAACUGUCCGACUUCUUCUUGAAUCGAGCUCGAACAUAUAUGCUCGGCUGGUCUGAGGAGAUGAUUAGCACAUGGCAACAUCUCACACCGGAUGAUCGAACACCCCUUCCCCCACGAGGGUCUGCGAUUCUCACAGUCAACUAUUUCUUCACUUAUAUUAACCCUACUAUGCCUCUCUAUGAUCGAGGAAAGUUUAUGGAGCUUUUUGAACGGCAGUACUCAGAUAAUCCACCAACAAGCGUGUCCUGGUAUGCCUCACUCAACGCCGUACUCGCCAUCGGCGGACUUGUCUUUGAGGACGAGACCGGUUUGCACUCAACCAUGGCUCCUUGCGGAGAAAAAAAGGGCACCCUGCAUGUACUAAGCUGUCUCCGGAAUUGUUAUUCUGUUUUCACCCAACUUGCAUACAGCUGCAGAGAGGUUAUGGGUGUCCAGGCCCUCGUUGGAAUGGCGUUGAUCCUUGACAUUCUUCUUGACGUCGAAGCAAGCUAUAUGGCCAUCGGAGCGGCGGCGCGCCUUGCUCUUGGUUUGGGGCUGCACCGGGCGCCUGCAGAUUCAUAUCAAACCACAAGGGAAACCGAGGAGCGGCGCAACGUUUUCUGGGUUCUGUACGUGCUGGACAGAUGUAUAAGUCUCCGGCUUGGACGUCCGCCUACGAUUUGCGAGGACGAUAUCGAAGUCAGCGAGCCCCGAACGUGGCGGUUACUGCAGCCGCCUCAUGUCAAGGGCGGCCUAUCCUAUUUUGCGCACUUUGUGAAGCUCGCCAGGAUCAAGAGCGAGAUCUAUUCAAAGCUCUAUUCCGUUUCUUCUCCGAAAGGUAAUCGCGGGGCAGAAAGUCUCGCAACACUGAAUAAUCUUGAUGAGAAACUUGGCAUCUGGCGGGAAAACUUGCCUGAGUUGCCACCGCUGGAGAAGGCACUGCAUUUCCCCAAUGCUGAAUUCUUUCCUUUCACUGUGUUGUUGCACGCAGAAUACUACAACUGCCAAUUAAUGCUCCAUCGGAGAAGCAGCUACGGAGAAGCUUUUCGUUCCAAUGAUCUUUCAAUCCUUCAGACCACUUCAACCGAGUCUCAGAGCAUUUCCGGCCGAACGAAAUGUCUCACGGCCGCAAGGCAUACAGCCCAGCUUCUCAACAGCUUGCGGGAGAGCGGGAAUUUGUUUCGGAACAACCUGGCCCGCUCACCGCUUGCUUUGUUACUGUCCGAGAUGCUUCAGAAAAUGACCGCAAUGGCCAAGAAUAUCCUGAGGGAAUCAAAUAAUGCCAAUCAAGGAAUUUUGCGACAUACUGCCACAACCAUUAGUACCGUGGGGUACGCCGUCGAUGCCACUGGAGGCUUACCACCCUCUACCGUCUCCUCAGACAAACAGCCGGGAUAUCCCAAUUGCUUCCCGCAGCUUUUGGCUUCUGACAUUGACCUACAUCUUGAUUCAAUACCUCCGCAAGGGCUGGAAUCAUCCGGCGCAGCAAGUGAUAUAUUUUUUUGGGAUCUCAACCAGGUCUUCAGUGAAUCGGCCUUCUUGGCAUAA